CGAGCCCCCCGAGCCCCCGGAGCCCCCCGAGCCGCCCAACACCGUCGCCAGGCAACGGACCGGCGGCAUCCGCGUCCUCAAGAGGAAUAUGAAACGCAGUGGAAGCAGAAACUGCUUGAACAGAAGAAGUAGGUUUGGCUCCCGAGAGAGAGAUUGGCUGAAAGAGGACGUGAAAAGAGGCUGUGUCUACCUUUAUGGCGCGGACUCUGCCACCACAAUGGCCACUGCUGCUGCCACCUCAUCUUCUGACUUACAUCUGGUCCUUUGCGCGGUUGAAACCCCAGCAUCAGAGAUCUGCACUGGAGAGGGGCGGGAGAGCCUCUUCUUACAGCUUCAUGGAGACCUGGUCAGGAGGCUGGAACCAACUGAAAGACCCCUACAGAUUGUUUAUGAGUAUUUGGCCAGACUGGGAUUUGAGGAUCCUGUGCGCAUUCAAGAGGAAGCAACAAAUCCUGACCUAAGUUGCAUGAUUCGCUUUUACAAUGAAAAGCCCUGUCAGGUGGAUCAGUUAGACAGGAUCCUGCUGUCUGGGAUCUAUAGUGUGCGCAAGGGGAAGACCCAGCUGCAUAAGUGGGCAGAACGUGUGGUCGUCCUCUGCGGCACCUGUUUGAUCGUGUCCUCGGUGAAAGACUGCCAGACCGGAAAGAUGCAUAUUCUGCCUCUCGUUGGAGGAAAGGUAGAAGAAGUGAAAAGGCGGCAGCAUUGCCUGGCUUUCAGUUCAGCCGGAGCACAGGCCCAGACGUAUCACAUCUGCUUUGAGUCUUUGGCAGAAUCCCAGAGAUGGCACCGGCAAGCAUCAAAGGUGGUGUCUCAGCGAAUUAGUACCGUUGAUCUCUCGUGUUACAGCCUCGAGGAGGUUCCUGAGCAUCUCUUCUAUAGUCAAGACAUCACCUACCUCAAUUUACGACACAACUUCAUGCAGCUAGAGAGACCAGGAGGCCUUGAUUGUCUCCACAGGUUUUCUCAGCUCAAGGGCCUGAAUCUGUCCCACAAUAGACUCGGGCAGUUUCCCGUACUGCUGUGUGAGAUCUCCACUCUGCUGGAGCUCAAUCUUUCCUGUAAUGGACUUUACGAACUGCCCACUCAGAUCGGCAAUCUGCUAAAUCUUCAGACCCUCUGUCUUGACGGCAACUUUCUCACUACUUUACCUGACGAACUGGGAAACCUGCAGCAACUUUCCUCCCUUGGGCUUUCCUUCAAUAACUUCAGCCAAAUUCCUGGAGUCUGCGAGAAACUCACUACAUUAGAUAAACUGGCUCUGGCAGGGAACCAACUAGAGAGCCUAAAUCUGGGGAUACUGAACAGGUUGAGCCAUUUGAAACACGUGGAUCUAAGACUGAACCGUUUGAGAAGGAUAGUUGCAGACAACCUGGAGGGGAAUAAGCAUGUUACCCACAUGGACUUGCGAGACAAUCAGUUAACUGACCUGGAUCUCAGCUCCUUGGGCAGCCUGGAGCAGCUGCAUUGUGAACGGAACCAGCUGCGGGAGCUAACAUUGAGUGGUUACACCCUCCGGGCCCUCUAUGCCAGUUCUAACAGGCUGACAGCAGUGAAUGUUUAUCCAGUUCCUAGCCUGCUGACCUGUCUAGAACUGUCCCGGAACCUCCUUGAGUGUGUCCCUGACUGGGCCUGUGAAGCAAAGAAGAUUGAGAUAUUAGACGUGAGCUAUAAUCUCCUCACCGAGAUCCCCGUGAGACUCCUCACUAGCCUGAGUCUUAGGAAGCUGAUGGUGGGACACAACCAUAUUCACAACCUUCCAGCCCUGCUGGAGCACAUUCCUUUAGAGGUGCUCGAUCUUCAGCAUAACUUGCUUACCCGGCUUCCUGAAGCCCUCUUCACCAAGGCCCUAAAUCUCAGGUUCUUGAAUGCGUCCGCAAAUAGUCUAGAGUUCUUGCCGUCGGCUUGCAGCGGGGAGGAAAGUCUGAGUAUGCUGCAGCUUCUUUAUCUGACCAAUAAUAACCUGACAGAUCAAUGCAUCCCUGCACUGGUGGGCCACCCACACCUCCGCAUCUUGCACCUUGCUAACAACCAAUUACAGACCUUCCCAGCAAGCAAACUCAAUAAACUGGAGCAAUUGGAGGAGCUGAACUUGAGUGGCAACAAGCUAAAAACUAUUCCCACAACAAUAGCAAACUGUAAACAGCUGCACACACUUAUUGCACACUCCAACAACAUCAGCAUAUUCCCAGAGAUCCUACAUUUGCCCCAGAUCCAGUUUGUAGAUUUGAGCUGCAAUGACUUGACUGAAAUCCUGAUUCCUGAGGCUCUUCCUGCCACUCUCCAGGACCUAGAUCUGACUGGAAAUACCAAUCUGGUUCUGGAACACAAAACACUAGACAUCUUCAGCCAUAUCACAACUCUGAAAAUUGAUCAGAAACCCUUGCCAACAGCUGAUUCUUCAGUUGGAUCGACCUUCUGGAGUCACGGACUGGCCGAGAUGGCUGGUCAGAGGAAUAAGCUUUGUGUAUCUGCCCUUGCUGUGGAUAACUUUGCAGAUGGGGUGGAGGCCGUGUACGCCAUGUUCGAUGGGGACCGAAAUGAGGAAUUGCCCCGCCUCCUGCAGUGUACGAUGGCGGAUGUGCUCUUAGAAGAAGUGCAGCAGUCAGCAACCGACACAGUUUUCAUGACAAAUACGUUUUUAGUGUCUCAUAGAAAAUUGGGUAUGGCUGGUCAGAAGCUGGGCUCCUCUGCUCUCCUGUGUUACAUUCGACACGACGCUGCCGAUCCAGCAAGUGGCUUCACCCUGACGCUGGCCAACGUGGGCUCGUGUCAGGCGGUUCUGUGCCGCAGUGGGCAGCCACUGCCCCUCUCCAAAGUCUUCAGUUUGGAACAGUGCCCAGAGGAGGCCAGAAGAGUUAAGGACCAAAAAGCCAUCAUAACUGAGGACAAUAAAGUGAACGGGGUGACCUGCUGUACCCGGAUGUUGGGUUGUACCUACCUGUACCCCUGGAUCCUUCCCAAGCCCCACAUCUAUUCCAUCCCCCUCACGGUGCAAGACGAGCUUUUGGUGUUGGGGAACAGAGCCCUCUGGGAACAUCUGUCGUACGCAGAAGCCGUGGCGGCCGUGCGGCACGUGCACGACCCGCUGGCGGCCGCCAAGAAGGUGUGCACCCUGGCCCAGAGUUACGGUUGUCAGGAUAACGUCGGGGCGAUGGUGAUCUGCUUGAACAUCGGGGAGGACAGCUGCACCUGUGAAGCGAAUGGGCUCCCCCUCCCUGGCCCCGGGGGGUUCGCCCCCACCACCGUCAAGGACCCUCCCAAGCCAACCACCCCUUCCUCCAGCAGCGGCAUCGCCUCGGAGUUCAGCAGUGAAAUGUCCGCCUCCGAAGUGAGCAGCGAGGUGGGCUCCACCGCCUCCGACGAGCACAACGCCGCCGGGCUGGACGCGGGCUUGCCGACGAGGCCAGAGAGACGUUGCAGCCUCCAUCCCGUGCCCGCCUCUGGGCUCUUUCAGCGCCAGCCUUCCUGCGCCACUUUCUCAAGCAACCAGUCGGACAACGGCUUGGACAGUGAUGAUGAUCAGCCAGUCGAAGGGGUCAUAACAAAUGGCAGUAAGGUGGAGGUGGAAGUAGAUAUCCACUGCUGUAAAGGAAAGGGUCUCGAACCGUCCUCGCCCACGGCUGAAGAGGGGUCUCCUGCUCUGGGCCCAGGCGUAGAGGACGAUUCUGGAGGUUGGGGGAGGCCACUUGGGAUCGGGAGGCAAAAUAGCAUCAACAGUGCCAGUCACCUCCUGCCAGUCACCAAGGAGAAGACUGAAUUACAGAAAUCGCCCUCCACGUCCUGUCUGUAUGGGAAGAAGCUCUCCAAUGGCUCCAUAGUGCCCCUGGAAGACAGCCUCAACCUAAUCGAGGUGGCUACAGAAGCUCCUAAAAAGAGAACUGGCUACUUUGCUGCUCCCUCCCAGCUGGAGCCCGAAGAUCAAUUUGUGGUCCCCCAUGACCUGGAGGAGGAAGUGAAGGAACAAAUGAAACAUCACCCGGAAAACAGACCCGAGACAGAACCCCAUGAAGGGGAUCGGACUGACCAUCGUGAAGAAUUUGACACCGCUUUAUAAUUCCCCCUAGGAGAGUUGUCGCAUCAUCUCUCUCCUCUGUCUGUAAUGUAGGGACCAGUGGCCCCCUUGAAGGAAUCAGACUCCGUAGUGAGUGAUCUUAGCGGAACAGGAGAAGACACCCAGAGCGGCCAAGUAAGAGCUGCUUGGUUCCUACUCUGGGGACCGAGUAACUUCGUUCAGUAGUGGGUUUCACGCUCACCUGACAUUGGGAUUCCCAGUGAUGCUGGGCAGAAGACAGGCCCUGUUCAGCCUCCGGCCGGCCACCCACCUUUAACUUUUUCUUCCUUGGGAUGAUUUUGAGAAUUCGCCUGCCAGGGCGGGGAAAAGUAUUUGUCUCUGUGGAGGAAGUGGCUAAAGGUUGAUUCUCUUAAUGAUCACUCCUAAAGGAUCUUUUGUGACACAGAGCAAUUACCGUGUAAAGUGUCAGGACUCAGCCCAACUCCAAUGUGACAUGACUAGUCACAUGGCUUUAUUAUUCUUCUCUAAGAGAACACAGCCUAGCAAAAUGAAGCUUACUGGAAAUGCAGAGCCAAUCGAACUGAUUUCUGUAUGUACUGUAGAGGAAGCACUUUUCAUUGACUGUGAAAUUUUAUUUUUGAAUCUGCACUCGAGCCAGUCUUCUUAGAAGCAGCCCAACCCCUUUGUUCUUUGAAUUAGGCCCAGCCGAGGGUGUGGGCAUGGGGAAGUGGCUCGAAAAACUGGAGUCAGAACUCCCUUCCCGACAGUCCCAGUAAGAGCUGGAAGGAGUCGGGCAGCAGUGCCCGCCGUGCAGGAGCGGAGUAGAGGCUGGUCUUGUUGGGGAUGA